AUGUUUGUGUUGUUGUCUAGGUUUUUUUUGCUGCAGGCUUAAGUAAAUUAUAAUCUCUGCAGCAAUGGAUGAUAAACAAGAAAAUUUGUUACCAUCCUCCUUGCCUAGUCAGUUGUUAUCAAUUGAUGAGGAACUAUGGCGGAUGAUUGAAGAGAGGGCGCAAGAGAUAUUAUGGACAAUUCAACCCAAUGUAUUAUCUGAGGUGAACAGAAAGAAUAUUAUUGAUUAUGUUCAGAGGCUGAUUGGAGAGUAUUGUGGUGCACAGGUUUUCCCAUUUGGUUCUUUUCCUCUAAAAACCUAUCUUCCUGAUGGAGAUAUCGACUUGACAGCUCUUAGUCAUGAAGAUGAAGAGGAGGAUUUGGUACGAGCAGUAUGCAAUAUACUUAAAAGUGAAGAUGACUCUGAAUACCAAGUAAAAGACAUAGAACAUAUACGUGCACAGGUUCAGGUUGUGAAAUGUACAGUGAAAAAUAUACCAGUUGACAUCUCUUUCAAUCAAAUGGCUGGACUCUAUACUUUAUUCUUUUUGGAGCAGGUUGACCAACUUGUUGGAAAGAACCAUAUUUUCAAACGCAGUGUGAUCUUAAUCAAAUCCUGGUGCUACUAUGAAAGUCGAAUUCUUGGUGCACAUUGUGGCCUGUUAUCAACAUAUGCGACAGAAAUAUUAGUCUUAUAUAUUAUCAAUCGUUUUCAUUCGUCAGUGCGGGGUCCUCUAGCGGUGUUAUACGUAUUUUUGGACUACUACAGCUCAUUUGAUUGGGAGCAUAAUUAUAUUAGUAUAUGGGGUCCAAAAGUCUUAUCCUCCCUUCCAGAAAUUGUUGAUACACCAGAAUAUGAUCAGGGUGAAUUCUUGCUCCAGAAAGAGUUUCUAAAAAACUAUAGGGAUAUGUGCUCUUCCAAAGCAAAGGCAUCUGAGACAAUGACCAAUGCAUUUCCUGUUAAGCACAUGAACAUCUUGGAUCCUUUAAGAAAUAAUAACAACCUAGGUCGUAGUGUCAACAUAGGCAAUUUGAGUCGAAUAAGACUUGCUUUUUCCCUCGGUUCUCAAAGGCUAAAGCAAAUCCUCACUCUCGCGGGAGAAAACAUGGGUGCAGCACUUGAGAAGUUUUUCUUCAACACUUUGGAAAAUAAUGGGAAAGGGGAAAGGGCAGAUGUUGGCGUUCCUGUUUCUCCAUUUGGUACUGGAAGAUUUGAAGAGUCUGUCCUCAGUGGAGAUUACGAUAGUUACUAUGGUUGGUCACAAUAUGUUCAACAAUAUCCUAAUUAUGCCAUGCCAGUAACAACUGUACCUUCCCAUUUUCCAUCUCCACCUCAUCAGGACAAUAUCCUUGCACUAUCGACACAACUAAACUGGAGUGAAGGCGAUUUUCCUGCAUUAUCAGCACAGCAAAAUUGGAGUAUGUUUUAUCAAAGUGGUACCAAUGUAUAUAUCCCAGGACAAACACUCUUUCAUCCAACUUACAGCCUUGGAAAAGGAGGAAGAUCACGAGGAACAGGGACAUAUAUACCUGACUUGAGUUAUAAUUGCUACUGGGAUAUACAUGCGAAGGCAAACAGGCCAAGGAGAUUUCCUUAUGCAAAGCACAAUGCAUUACUCAAAUCAUCUCCCAAAAGUCAGCAAGAGAAAGAGUUUCAUACUGAGACAAAACCAUUUGAGCUUUCAGAUGAAGACUUCCCCCUUAUUCCAAACGUUUACAAGGCUACACCGCCAACACAAGCUCAAGAGUCUACUCCGUUAACAAAGGUUCAUUCUGAGACAGACAAGGAUGGUAAUUCAAGGUUGUCUGAGCUCUUAAAUGAAGAUUUCCCCCUUCCUUUGUCAGCACAAGUCAAAGAGUCUGCUCCAUUGGCAAAGGUUCUUUCUAAGACAAACAUGGAUGGAAAUUCGCGGUCAUUUGAGCUCUCAAAUGAAGAUUUCCCCCUUCUUCAACGCACUCACAAGUAGUCUGCUCCGUUAACUAAGCAAGACAAGAGUUCCCCAUCCUCUAAAGAGUCUAAACUAAAAAUAUUGAGCUUGAAACUCACAAGUAUCCACAGUCACUGGAAAAACAACGUUUGUCAACAAAGGGUGAGAAAUAAGAUUCUAGUAUUUCAUCAUCUCAAGAAACUAUGCUGGUAGUUCCAAAGGUGGAAUUGGAGUAGAAAGAGGUAUAUCUCCUGAGAGCAAUGAGCAGAUGGAUUGACAGUUUUAUCAUUGAUAUUUUGUAGGAUACUAAACGGAAUUCUAAUGUAUUGUUGGUGGGCUCAUGUUCUGAUCUAAUAACUUGAAAAUAAUAGCUAAAUUUUCUUUUUCUUUUUAGAUAUGUCAAUUUGGGAGAAAAUUGAUAGUAUAGUCUCAAAUUUCAUAGGAACAAACAAUUGGUAGGGAUGUUAACCGAUUUUGCUCGGCUUUGGUGGGAAUAAUUUACCAUUACUCUAGGGACAAGGACAGAAUGGCAUAUUUGUUCUGAAGAACUUGUACAUAGUAAGUUAAAUCUUUUGAUCUUUUA